AUGGGUCUCCCCACUUAGUAGUUUUUACCUUGUAUGUUUUCACAUCAUAGCUACUCUAUCUAUAUACUUUGGAACACUUGAUAAAUGUGUCUUCAUUAGCUACAGUGCUGUAUCUUUGCCCUAAACACCUAAACCCUUUUACACUCUCAAAUGGCUAACAAUCAUUCCGAUGAAGAAGAAGAAUCCGGCGAAGAGAUGGAAGUUUCUUCGCCGGGAUCCGAAUCAGAAUACGAAUCUGAGCCCGAACCCGAACCCGAACCCGAACCCGAACCACAGAAAAAACCACCAGUCGCUGCUGCAAAGAAGCCGCCACCACCUCAAGAUUCUUCUUCUUCUGAAGAAGAAGAAUCCGAGUCUGAGUCUGAACCCGACCCGGAUCCGGUAACCCAGAAACCCAACCUGCUUGUUAAACCCAUUGCUUCCAAACCCAUGGAUGUCCCGAAAAAAUCCUCCCCGAAACCUAGAUCCAAAUCAGAUGCUAGCGCCAAGCUCGUUUCUCCGAAGAAGUCGAGUUCCACUGUCGGGGCGAAACGGGCAGCGGGUGAAGGUGAAGCAAAGGAAUCGAAGAAGUCUAAGAAGAAACAAGAGAAGGAGGUUGAAACUCCAGUGAAGAAACCGGUGAAUGAGGAUGUGAAACGGCAGUUGUUUCAGAGAUUAUGGAGUGAAGAUGACGAGGUUGCUAUUUUGAAAGGGAUGAGUGAUUACAGGUCGAAGAAAAAAGCUGACCCGGUUGCUGAUUUGGGUGCGUUUCAUGAGUCUAUUAAGAAGUCUUUGCACGUUGAUGUGUCGAAGGCGCAGUUGCAGGAUAAGAUUAGGAGGUUGAAGAAGAAGUAUAUGAACAAUGCUGGGAAGGAGAAGGGGAAAGAGAGGGUUUUAACGAAGGCCCACGAGCAGAAAGUGUAUGAAUUGUCGAAGAAGAUUUGGGGUAAGGAGAAAAGUGAUAAGGGGGAUCAAGUUGAGGUUGUUAAAGUGGAUAAUGUAGCUGCAAGUAAGGGGCGCCAAGAUGGUGGGGUUAAAGAUAAUGGGGUUUUGUUUGAAGUGAAGGAAGAGAAACCGAGCGCGGAGGUGGAGAAGGACGUGGAGGUUAAGCGUAAUUUGAAUUUGAUUCCGUGUGUGGAAAAUGUUGCUGGCUUGGAGAAGUGGCUUGAAGAGAAUUCCGGGGUGCUUAGCGUGGAGAAGAGGAAUGCGAUGAAGGAAAAGUGGGAAGCUUUGAAGGCAGCUGAGGCUGACUUGUGCUUGAGGAGGGUAAAGCUAAUUGCCGAGCAGAUGGAGCUGGUGCUCGAAGCUGUGAGGGAUUCUGGGACUGAGACAAUCAUAGUUGGUGUUAGUCGGGCUUCUAUGUUGAGGCUGUCAUUUAUGUUGAGAGGGGGAGGCGGCUACACACUCUUUUGCCCUAAAUGCCUGAAGUCUUUACACUAUCAAAUGGCUAAGGAUCACUUCAACGACGAUGAAGAAUUCGGUGAAGAUUUGGAAGUUUCUUCACCAGGAAAAAUAGAUACCGAAUCAGAAUCCGGUGAAGAGAUGGAAGUUUCUUCACCAGGAAACAUAACCGAAUCAGAAUCCAAAUCUGAACCUGAACAGCCACCAGUCGCCACUCCAAACAAGCCACAACCUCAAGAUUCCUCUUCUUCUACAGAGGAGGAAUUCUACACCGACUCCGAACCCGAUCUGGAUCCAAAAACCCAGAAACCAAACUCAGUUGUAAAACCCAUAUCAUCAAAGCCCAUGGAUGACCCAAAAAAACCUAGAUCUGAAGCAGAUAAAGGUCAAGUUGAAGUUGUUAAAGUGGAGAAUGUAGCAGCUACUAAGGGGAAAAAAGAUGGUGGAGGUAAAGAUAAUUGGGUUUUGGUUAAAGUGAAGGAAGAGAAACAGAACGUGGAGGUGGAAAAGGCAGUGGAGUUUGCUCCUAAUUUGGGUCUGAUUUUGUGUGUGGAAAGUGUUGCUGCUUUAGAGAAAUGGCUGGAAGUUUCUUCACCAGGAAACAUAGAUACUGAAUCAGAAUCCAAAUCUGAACCUGAACAACCACCGGUCGCCACUCCAAAAAAGCCACAACCUCAAGAUUCCUCUUCUUCUACAGAAAAGGAAUUCGACUCCGACUCUGAACCUGAUCUGAAUCCAAAAACCCAGAAACCAAACUCAGUUGUAAAACCCAUAUUAUCAAAGCCCAUGGAUGACCCCAAAAAACCUAGAUCCGAAGCAGAUAAAGGUCAAGUUGAAGUUGUUAAAGUGGAGAAUGUAGCAGCUACUAAGGGGAAAAAAGACAGUGGAGGUAAAGAUAAUUGGGUUUUGGUUGUAGUGAAGGAAGAGAAACAGAACGCCGAGGUGGAGAAGGCGGUGGAGUUUUCUCCUAAUUUGAGUCUGAUUUUGUGUGCGGAAAGUGUUGCUGCUUUAGAGAAGUGGCUGGAAGUUUCUUUACCAGGAAACAUAGAUACCGAAUCAGAAUCCGGCGAAGAGAUGGAAGUUUCUUCACCGGGAAAUGUAGCAGCUACUAAGGGGAAAAAUGACAGUGGAGGUAGAGAUAAUGGGGUUUUGGUUGAAGUGAAGGAAGAGAAACUGAGCGCGGAGGUGGAGAAGGCCGUGGAGGUUAAGCGUAAUUUGAAUUUGAUUCCUUGUGUUGAAAAUGUUGCUGGCUUGGAGAAGUGGCUUGAAGAGAAUUCUGGGGUGCUUAGCGUGGAGAAGAGGAAUGAGAUGAAGGAAAAGUGGGAAGCUUUGAAGGUAGCUGAGGCUGACUUGUGCUUGAGGAGAGUGAAUCUAAUUGCUGAGCAGGUGGAGCUGGUGCGCGAAACUGUGAGAGAUUCUGGGAUUGAGAUCUUGAAAGAGUAAACUAGUUUAUGACGA